CCCGGCGCGGGAGGUGGUGCCGGGCCCGCUCCCCCGCCCCCGCCCCGCGCCGUCCUUUGUUUACAUGGGCCGGUGGCGGGCGGGGGCGGCGCCGCGGGGGCGGCGGGCGGGGGCAGGCGGCGGGCGGGAGCCGCGCUCGCACCAGCUGUUUCCCGCCUUGAGCCGCAGGCAGAGGCCGCCGGAGCCGGAGCCGGAGCCGGGCCCGGGCGCCCCCCGCCGCCCCCCCGGCAUGGAGUACUUCAUGGUGCCGGCCCAGAAGGUGCCGUCCCUGCAACACUUCAGGAAAUCCGAGAAGGAGGUCAUCGGCGGGCUCUGCAGCUUGGCUAACAUCCCGUUGACUCCGGAGACCCAGCGGGACCAGGAGCGGCGGAUACGCAGGGAAAUCGCCAACAGCAACGAGAGAAGGCGGAUGCAGAGCAUCAAUGCUGGCUUCCAGUCUCUGAAAACCCUCAUCCCACACACGGAUGGGGAGAAGCUCAGCAAGGCGGCCAUCCUCCAGCAGACGGCCGAGUACAUCUUCUCCUUGGAGCAGGAGAAGACUCGGCUACUGCAGCAGAACACCCAGCUCAAGCGGUUCAUCCAGGAGUUCAGCGGCUCCUCCCCGAAGCGGCGACGGGCAGAGGACAAAGAUGAGGGGAUCGGCUCGCCAGACAUCUGGGAGGACGAGAAGGCUGAGGAUCUGCGGCGGGAGAUGAUUGAGCUCCGGCAGCAGCUGGACAAGGAGCGCUCGGUCCGCAUGAUGCUGGAGGAGCAGGUUCGCUCCCUGGAGGCCCACAUGUACCCCGAGAAGCUGAAGGUGAUCGCUCAGCAAGUGCAGCUCCAGCAGCAACAGGAACAGGUGAGGUUGCUGCACCAGGAGAAGCUAGAGCGUGAGCAGCAGAUCCGAACCCAGCUCCUGCCAUCACAUGCUCCCCCAGCACCCACCCACCACCCCACCGUGAUUGUUCCAGCGCCGCCUCCCUCCCAUCACAUCACCGUGGUCACCAUGGGCCCAUCCUCAGUCAUCAACACAGUCUCCACAUCCCGGCAAAACCUGGACACCAUCGUUCAGGCGAUCCAACACAUCGAGGGAACGCAGGAGAAGCAGCUGCAGGAAGAGGAGCAGAGACGCGCCGUCAUUGUGACACCGGCACGCGCCUGCCCUGAGCCCUCUGCCUCCGACACCGCCUCUGACACCGAGGGCAACGACAGUGACUCCAUGGACCAGAGCAAAGAAGAGCCCUCGGGGGACGGGGAACUGCCCUGACACCCCCUGGCCGGCAGCUGGGGAGGGGAGAUGGGGCGGGGGGCGGGAAACGUCAGAGAAUAUGCUGAAAUUUUUAAAAAAUACAACAUGAUUUGGGUCUCUUUUAUGACCUUUUUCCAAUACUGUAAAGCAGAGCGCUAGAAGCAGGCAAAGGUCACCCUUCAGCCUGGGGGGUGGUGGGCGCUUGAGGGCGGCCACAGCGGGAAGGGAGGGGGGGCACGGGGUGCAGUGGGAUGGCAAGGGGUGGGGUGGGAUUUUAGGGACAGGGGUUUGCAGCCCCCCCACCCCAUUUUAUCACUGUCCCCCCUCCCCCCACCGUCUCGCAGGGAAUCCUGCCAAGCUAGCAGCAGCCCCGGUGUUCCUGAUGGUGUUCCCUUGGGACAGGGCCUUCGGUUGGGAUCUUAAUUUGUUUUUUCCUCCUCUUUUGUGGUUUUUCUUUUUUUCUUUUAAUUAAGUGUUCAUUUUUAAGCAGGGGGAGAUGCCAAGUGACACGGCAGCAAAGGUGGGACAGGGUCCCCUGGCUUCGGGGUACAACCAGCCCCACCACAGCUCCUGCACCGGGCAGUGAAAAACCCUUUGGAGAUUAAAAAUUCCUGAGAUGAUGCCAUCGGAGCACAGGCAGGAGGGCCGGCAUGUGACACCCCCCCGGCGUUCCCAACACCCACCUUCUCGGCAUGGGGAUGGCAGUUUGGGGGCUGAUUUUACUCCCCGCCCCAAGUCUCUGUCCCCAUCCCUGUCCCCCCCACCCUUCUCCCAUCCCUCCUUUAAGCACUUAAUCCGGUUUGCGGGGUCUGUCAGCUCCGAAGAGCUUUUCUAUUUCGUGAUUGUGUCGCUUGGGUCUGUCAUGGCGGGCGGGGGGGGUGGUGGGUAUCUCCAUUUUUGUGUGUUCCCCCCCCCUCGCCCUUGCCACCCCCCCACCCGGCUGUAGGGUUUUAGGCCAGUUGUGUGUAGAGCCUUGGUGGUAUUUGGUAGGUUCCCCCCCAGCUGCAGCUGUUUCUUGGUUCCUUUUCCUAUUUUUUUUUUUUUUGUAUUUUUUUUACGAUUUUCAGGUCUGUGUUGAUUGAGAAGCUAUUCUAUUUUGUUAAGAAAGUGGAAAAAAAAAAAAGAGGCUCGUGCCUUUGUAAAGAAACAAAAUAAAGUUUGUACUUGGUUUUUUAGAA